AAUAAAUAUACUUUUUUCUUUUAUUUUCCCUUAUCUACUUGUAGACAGUGUUACCAUUUCAACCGAUAGCCAAAGAGCCGAGAACUCAGAGAUAAUGGCAAUGGCUACGCACUGCUCUUCCUCUUCGUUAAUGUUCACUUCCACUUCACCAAAAUCCUUUUCUUCUUCCCCAAAGAAAACCCCAUUUCUGGGUUUCUCAAUGGCAGCCUUAUCGAAGCCGUCGUUUCAAUUAUCACCCCUCGUCAGGACCAAUCGGACGGCCCAAAUUCGUUGCCAAGACAAAGCUGCCGCCUACAUUCCUCUUGACCAACGAUGGAUGUUCGAGGAGUCUGAAAUUGACGGCCCUGACAUUUGGAAUGAGACAUGGUAUCCCAAGGCUGCUGACCAUGUGAACACAGACAAACCUUGGUAUAUUGUCGAUGCCACAGAUUUAAUUCUUGGAAGAAUGGCAUCAACUAUAGCGAUACAUAUGAGAGGGAAGAAUCUGGCGACAUACACUCCAAGUGUUGACAUGGGUGCAUUUGUCAUAGUGGUUAAUGCUGAGAAGGUUGCUGUAUCUGGGAAGAAAAGGACCCAAAAACUUUACAGGAGGCACUCUGGUAGACCUGGUGGGAUGAAAGUGGAGACUUUUGAUCAACUUCAACAGAGAAUUCCUGAAAGAAUCAUUGAGCAUGCUGUCCGUGGAAUGCUUCCCAAAGGGAGGCUUGGUAGACAAUUAUUUACCCAUCUUAAGGUGUACAAAGGUCCUGAACAUCCUCAUGAGGCUCAGAAACCCAUUGAAUUGCCCAUUAGAGACAAGAGGAUACAGAUUCAGCGCUGAACUCCCAACAGUGCAAUUGAGGAGCAGUUCUCAUUUUUGGCUGUUGAUACAUUCCUUAAAGUUUUUUCUGUUUAACUGGUGUAACUUCAUGUCUUAACUCCAGUACUGUACCUGCUCUCCUGCUAUUCUUCUUUAUGCUUUUGUAGAGGUUUUUCUUUACAAAUUUAUUUGCCUCCACAUUUUUUGAGCAAAUGAGAUUCUUCUUUAGGUUUCAUUUCUAUUGAAUGUUUCUUCA